AUUUGAAAACAUGGAUCCCAACAAAGUGGCUGAAGGAUCGGCCAAGAUGAGUGAUGGAGACAUGGCAUCUGUCAUGGGAUUCUCUGGGUUUGGUAAAAAAGCCCGCACAUUUGACCUGGAUGCCAUUUUUGAACAGACCCGACGAACAGCUAUUGAGAGGAGCCAGCAUGUAUUAGAUGAGCGGCAGAAGGAUACACAGAUGGAGGAGGAAGGGGAAAGCUCCAAAUCAGUCAAGUCUUCAGUCCAAACUCAGAGAGACAAAGCUGCAGCCGCUUCUUCCAGAAAACAGGAGAGCAACAGCAGCAGUGACAGUGACUCCGACUCUGACUCAGACUCGGAGAUAAUUGGGCCACCGGUGCCUCGUCAACAUACAACCCAGGAGGAUGAUGAUGAUGACGACCUUGUGGGACCUCCUCUUCCACCAGGUUAUACAGGCAGCACGGCUCACAGUGAUGAUGAUGAUGAUGAUGAUGAUGAUGAUCAGGAGGCACAAGAUGACGACGAUGAUAAUCCAGUGAAGAAGAUUCCAGACACACAUGAGAUCACUCUGCAGCAUGGCACCAAGACAGUGUCGGCUCUUGGUUUAGACCCUUCUGGAGCCCGUCUGGUGACUGGUGGAUAUGAUUAUGACGUUCGUUUCUGGGAUUUUGCGGGAAUGGACCAGGCUUUGCAGGCCUUCAGGUCCCUGCAGCCCUGUGAAUGUCAUCAGAUCAAGUCCCUGCAGUACAGCAUCACAGGUGAUGUCCUCCUGGUGGUUUCUGGUAAUGCACAGGCCAAGGUGUUGGACCGUGAUGGCUUCAAUGUCAUGGAAUGUGUGAAGGGAGACCAGUACAUUGUGGAUAUGGCUAACACCAAGGGCCACACAGCUAUGCUGAAUUGUGGCUGCUGGCAUCCCAAGAUUAAAGAGGAGUUCAUGACCUGCUCCAAUGAUGGCACCGUGCGCACAUGGGACUUGAACUCGGAGAAGAAGCACAAGUCUGUGUUCAAACCCCGCUCCUUCCAGGGGAAGAAGGUCACACCCACAUGCUGCACCUACAGCCGUGAUGGGAAGCUCAUUGCAGCUGGCUGCCAAGAUGGCACCAUCCAGAUCUGGGACAGGAACCUCAGCGUCCAUACAAAGUUCCACUGUCGACAAGCACACACUCCAGGAUCUGAAACCUCUUGCCUCUCUUUCUCCUAUGAUGGCAUGACUCUUGCUUCACGUGGAGGUGAUGACACUCUGAAGACGUGGGACAUACGCAACUUCAGGAAGCCUGUGAAUGUAGCUACUGGGUUAACCAACUACUUUUCCAUGACCGACUGCUGUUUUAGCCCAGAUGACAAGCUUCUGGUGACUGGGACAUCGGUGAAGAAAGAUGAGGGAAAUGGGAAGCUGGUUUUCUUUGACCGAGCUUCCUUUCAGAGAGUCUAUGAAAUAGAAGUCACCAACGCAAGUGUUGUUCGCUGCCUGUGGCACCCAAAACUCAACCAGAUAAUGGUGGGAACUAGUAAUGGACUGGCCAAGGUCUACUAUGAUCCUGUCAAAAGCCACAGAGGGGCAAAACUGUGUGUAGUGAAGAGCCAGCGCAAAGAGAAACAAGCAGAGACACUAACACAAGAUUACAUCAUCACACCUCAUGCCUUACCCAUGUUCAGAGAGGCCCGACAGCGGAGUACACGGAAACAGCUGGAGAAGGACAGACUUGACCCCAAGAAGUCCCACAAACCCGAGCCGCCUGUGUCUGGACCAGGUCGUGGAGGCAGAGUAGCAGCUCAUGGUGGCACUCUGUCUUCAUUCAUCGUGAAGAACAUCGCUUUAGAUAAAACAGAUGACAGCAACCCACGAGAGGCUAUCCUACGUCACGCCAAGGACGCUUCAGAGAACCCUUACUGGGUUGCUCCGGCAUACACACAGACCCAGCCAGAGCCUGUAUUUGCAGAGGAAUCAGAGGAGGAUGAGGAAGCUGACAAGGAACCAGAGUGGAAGAAACGCAAGAUCUGAAAGGUUUCAACAGCAGCUCAUUUUAUAUCAGAUAUUUGACAGUGUGCGUUUGUGGUUGGUAUUUUCAGCACCGUAACCACGAGGUCUCAGGACCAAUCCCAGAAUAUUGAGUUACUGUCAGGAACUCCGCAUAGAAGCAUCAAUUAAAUGACUAAAUUGUACAGUCUCUGUCCUUCCUCCUGGAAUUUGUUUUUAAGUGUAUAUGUAUUUAUAUGCAUGCCUCUGUGUUAAGGGGAAGCAUAUAAAUGUGCAGGCAUUUUAACUCUGCAAGCAUAAUAUAAUUUUAUACAGGUUUAUUUUCCCUUUUAUUGCAAUUUAUCAAACCACUGGAAGAAUUUGGGUUUUUAUGUUUGUUUUGAUUGUAUGGACUUUAUUUGCAUCAUUUCUAUUGGCCUCUCCUCCCACAUCUCCAGAGUUUGCUAAUGCCUCAUAAAUCAGCUCCAGAUUUUGUGGUCUGGUUCUGUUCACCAGCUAUGAAGUUUGCUAUUUUGUAAAAAGUAAAUUGCAAAGAAAUACAACAUUUUUUGCCUGUUUUACUUUGGAUCUUUUUUUUUUUUUUUUCUACAUACUGUAUUAUACCUUGGGAAUUACAUAAAGGAAUUUGUAUUCUCUUGUCAAAGAGUGAUACAUUUUAUCCAAAGUGAAGUCUGGAGUGACAGAUCUGUUUUUACCAGCUGAUCAAAGGGAUUCUUCUGCCAAAUAUCUUUUUUUUUUUUAAAAGGCACUAACUCAAACCUACAGAUACACAGUACACCCCAAUCUGGUCAAAGCUGCUGUUUUGACUCACUGCUUUAAAUACAGUAUUUACAGGCUACUUUUUGCACAGAUAUUGACACUGAUUAAUCAAGGUUUUGUUUAGAAUUCAAUUCUACCAAUUCUAAUUCCAAAUUAUCUCAAAGUGUCCUUACUAGCAUUUUCUGUAGUUUUCAACCACAUCUCAGUCUUCCUUAAGUUUGAAAGUUUGCUUAGUUGACAGCUUUAAUUUGCUGAUAAAGACUAUGAACCUUGAGUUAACAUUAUAAAAUUAACUUGGAAGGUUUAGAAUGAGGUUUCACGCUCAAACUCCAGUACCAAAUUGCAUCAUAUUUCUAAGGGGUCCGGUUGCUUUCAUACCUAACUGCAUAAGAUUAAACGUAGGUGUGGCCACAGGCAUACAUUGUGUUUCUUGUCUGUGCAAAAACAAUAAAAAUCCAGAAUUU